AUGUCCCCUAAAACAUUCACUCUUACCUUCACAGGCGACGUCAUGCUCGGCCGCCUGUUGGACCAACUAAUGCCAGAGCACGUCACCAAUGAGCACGACGAACGCAUCGCCACAACCUUUAGAAAAGCCCAUCCAGCCCUCCUCGGAAAGGGCAACUACACCCCCUCCUCACCAUGGGGCACAACCCUCCCCCUCCUCCGAUCCUCAUCCCUGGCAUGCAUCAACCUCGAAACCUCCGUGACAACAGCCCCAGUCCCAUGGCCAAACAAGGUAUUCAACUACCGUAUGUACCCAGCAAACCUAGCCCCCAUCCUUCACGCCGGCGGUAUCGACUACGCCAGUCUCGCCAAUAACCACACCCUUGACUUCGGCACCGACGGUCUUACAGAGACAGUACAGACACUGCAAGAAGCAAACGUCGCCUACGCAGGGGUAGGUGAGACAGCCGAUGACGCACGCAAGCCUGCCGUAUUACAUUUACCUAGGCUUUCCGAGUCCACAGACGAAGGCCAACAACGAUACGCCGUCCAUGUAUACUCCGCCUCUGACCACCCACGCGUGUGGGCCAGUGUGUCGGGAUUCAAUCUAUUUGAUUACACGCGUGAGACGCGUGCUUGGUUGCGGGAAAUGCUUGUCGGCGCGGACGAAACCAAGCCUGCGUUGAAGGUGUUUUCGGUGCAUUGGGGGCCGAAUUAUUCGUGGGAGCCUGACGGACGAAUUACCUCUCUUGCACAUUUCUUGAUUGAUGAGUGUGGGGUGGAUGUUGUUCAUGGACAUUCCUCACAUCAUGUUCAGGGUGUUGAGGUUUAUCAUGGGAAGCUUGUCAUCUAUGGUUGUGGGGAUUUUGUGGAUGAUUAUGCGUUGAAUGAGGAGUUUAGAAAUGAUCUUGGGGCUUUGUGGAGGGUUGUUGUUAAGGAGAAGAGUGGUGGUGGGAUUGGGUUGGAGAGAUUGGAGAUCUUUCCUACGCGUGUUGAGCGGUUCAGGGCUGUGUUGUUGGAUUAUAGAGAUCCCGAUCAUGUGUGGGUGAGACGGAAGAUUAGUGAGCUUAGUGAAGAGUUUGGAACGUCUGUGAAGGCGGCGCUUGGGGAGAAGGGGGAGGUUGUUGUUGAGUUGUCUGGGGAGUAG